UCGCGCGGCUCUGCUCUAUCGCUGCCUGCCCCCGGGCGGCCGCGUCUGCCUGACCGAGGCGUCGCCCCGUCGCUUCCUCGCCGUUCCCGCAGGCGCCUCGCUUUCCACCCCCUCCUCCCGCUCCAGUCAUGGCGAGCGUCGGGCUGUGAGGGGGGUCGAGGGCAGGAGAGCGGGCGGGCGGCUCCCCCUCAGCAUGGCGGGGCGCCGGGGUGCGGGAGGCGGCGGAGGGGCAGCCUUCGGGGAAGCGCUACAGGCGGCGGCGUGCUGCGGCGGAGGAGCUGCCUCGGAGCCGGCCCGCGAGCUCUUCGAAGCCUGCCGGAACGGCGACGUGGAGCGCGUGAAGCGCCUGGUGCGGCCCGAGAACGUGAACGGCAGAGACACGGCCGGCAGGAAAUCCAGCCCCCUCCAUUUCGCCGCAGGUUUCGGUCGGAGGGAUGUAGUUGAAUAUUUGCUUCAGAGUGGUGCUAAUGUUCAUGCACGAGAUGAUGGAGGCCUCAUCCCACUUCAUAAUGCCUGCUCUUUUGGUCAUGCUGAGGUUGUCAAUCUUCUCCUGCGCCAUGGUGCAGAUCCUAAUGCUCGGGACAAUUGGAACUACACACCUCUUCAUGAAGCUGCCAUUAAGGGCAAAAUUGAUGUCUGUAUAGUGCUGUUGCAGCAUGGUGCUGAUCCAAUUAUCCGUAAUACAGAUGGAAGAACAGCACUGGAUUUGGCAGAUCCAUCAGCAAAAGGAGUGCUUACAGGUGAAUACAAGAAAGAUGAACUCUUAGAAAGUGCCAGGAGUGGAAAUGAAGAAAAAUUGAUGGCCCUUCUAACACCACUAAAUGUCAACUGUCAUGCAAGUGAUGGCAGAAAGUCAACUCCUUUACAUUUAGCAGCUGGUUAUAACCGUGUUAAGAUUGUACAGCUGUUGUUACAACAUGGAGCUGAUGUACAUGCAAAGGAUAAAGGAGACCUGGUGCCACUUCAUAAUGCCUGUUCCUAUGGUCAUUUUGAAGUAACAGAACUUCUGGUAAAGCACGGAGCAUGUGUAAAUGCAAUGGAUCUGUGGCAGUUUACUCCUCUGCAUGAAGCAGCUUCCAAGAACAGAGUAGAAGUGUGUUCUCUGUUGCUCAGCUAUGGUGCUGAUCCCACAUUGUUAAACUGCCAUAAUAAAAGUACCAUAGACUUGGCCCCAACACCACAGUUAAAAGAAAGAUUGGCAUAUGAAUUCAAAGGACACUCACUACUACAAGCUGCGAGGGAAUCUGAUGUAACACGUGUGAAAAAACAUCUCUCUCUUGAGAUUGUAAACUUCAAGCACCCCCAAACUCAUGAAACUGCCCUGCACUGUGCUGCUGCUUCUCCAUAUCCCAAAAGAAAGCAAGUAUGUGAGUUGCUCCUACGAAAAGGAGCCAACAUUUGUGAAAAAACAAAAGACUUCCUGACACCCCUCCAUGUGGCAUCAGAAAAAGCACAUAAUGAUGUUGUUGAAAUACUUGUAAAACAUGAAGCAAAGGUCAAUGCACUAGAUAACCUUGGCCAGACACCUCUGCAUAGAGCAGCGCACUGUGGGCAUCUGCAGACAUGCAGGCUGUUGUUGAGCUCUGGUUGUGAUCCAGCAAUUGUGUCGCUUCAGGGAUUUACAGCCUCUCAAAUGGGAAAUGAGAGUAUUCAACAAUUAUUACAAGAAGGCAUCCCUUUAGGCAAUUCAGAAGUAGAUCGACAAUUGUUGGAAGCUGCAAAGGCAGGAGAUGUGGACAUAGUAAAAAAGCUAUGUACGAUACAGAGCGUUAAUUGUCGGGAUAUUGAAGGGCGUCAAUCCACACCACUUCACUUUGCAGCAGGAUAUAAUAGAGUGUCUGUGGUUGAAUACCUUCUGCAGCAUGGUGCUGAUGUUCAUGCAAAAGACAAAGGAGGCCUUGUCCCUUUGCAUAAUGCCUGUUCUUAUGGGCACUAUGAAGUGGCUGAACUGCUUGUUAAGCAUGGUGCAGUUGUGAAUGUAGCAGAUCUGUGGAAGUUCACUCCUUUGCAUGAAGCUGCUGCAAAAGGGAAAUAUGAGAUUUGUAAACUUCUGCUACAGCAUGGGGCUGACCCCACAAAAAAAAACAGAGAUGGGAAUACUGCCUUGGACCUUGUCAAAGAGGGUGACACAGAUAUUCAGGAUCUCCUUCGAGGAGAUGCAGCUAUGCUAGAUGCUGCAAAGAAGGGCUGUUUGGCUCGGGUGAAGAAAUUGUGUUCCCCUGAUAAUGUAAAUUGUCGAGAUACACAAGGGCGACAUUCAACUCCUCUACAUUUAGCAGCUGGCUACAACAAUUUGGAGGUUGCAGAAUACCUGUUACAACAUGGAGCUGAUGUUAAUGCACAGGACAAAGGAGGUUUAAUUCCACUACACAAUGCAGCAUCCUAUGGGCAUGUAGAUGUAGCAGCUUUACUUAUAAAGUAUAAUGCUUGUGUAAAUGCUACGGACAAAUGGGCUUUCACACCUUUGCAUGAAGCAGCCCAGAAAGGAAGGACGCAGCUCUGUGCCUUAUUAUUGGCGCAUGGAGCUGAUCCUACUCUGAAAAACCAGGAAGGACAGACACCAUUAGAUCUAGUCACUGCAGAUGAUGUUAGCGCAUUAUUGACAGCUGCCAUGCCUCCUUCUGCCUUGCCGUCUUGUUACAAACCUCAGGUUAUAAAUGUAACUCAGAACACGGGAUCUUCAGCUGAUUCGCUUUCUCCUGUUCCAUCCAGUCCUUCUAAUCUGUCAGCUGCCAGUAGCCUUGAUAACUUGUCUGGUAGCUUUUCUGAACUCUCAGUUGUUAGUACAAAUGGACCUGAGGGGGCUGCUGGCUUAGAGUCGAAGGAAGUUUCAGGUGUAGAUUUCAGCAUUAAUCAAUUUGUAAGAAAUCUUGGACUUGAUCAUUUGAUUGAUGUAUUUGAAAGAGAGCAAAUAACGUUGGAUGUACUGGUUGAAAUGGGGCACAAAGAAUUAAAGGAAAUUGGAAUUAAUGCUUAUGGACAUAGACACAAAAUAAUUAAAGGAGUUGAAAGAUUAAUCUCAGGACAGCAAGGUCUUAAUCCCUACCUAACUUUGAAUACUUCUGGUAGUGGAACAAUCCUCAUAGACCUUUCUCCCGAUGAUAAAGAAUUUCAGUCAGUGGAAGAAGAGAUGCAGAGCACUGUUCGAGAGCACAGAGAUGGUGGGCAUGCUGGUGGGGUUUUCAACAGAUACAACAUAUUAAAGAUACAAAAAGUGUGCAACAAAAAACUCUGGGAAAGAUACACUCACAGGAGGAAAGAAGUUUCUGAAGAGAAUCAUAAUCACGCUAAUGAAAGGAUGUUAUUUCACGGCUCCCCUUUUGUGAAUGCAAUUAUUCAUAAAGGUUUUGAUGAAAGACAUGCCUACAUAGGUGGAAUGUUUGGAGCUGGAAUUUAUUUUGCUGAGAAUUCCUCCAAAAGCAAUCAGUAUGUGUAUGGUAUUGGCGGUGGCACAGGUUGCCCAAUUCAUAAAGACAGGUCUUGUUAUGUCUGUCAUAGGCAGUUGCUGUUUUGCCGUGUUACAUUGGGCAAGUCUUUUCUGCAGUUCAGUGCAAUGAAAAUGGCUCAUUCUCCUCCAGGACACCAUUCAGUAACUGGUCGGCCUAGUGUAAAUGGGCUAGCUUUAGCUGAAUAUGUCAUUUACAGAGGAGAGCAGGCCUAUCCUGAAUAUUUGAUUACUUACCAGAUUGUGAAGCCUGAAGUCACCACAGAAGCUUGAAACCUCAAAUGUUUUGCAGAGAGAUCAAAGUAAAGAGUGUACUGAAAAAUUAUAUCCCAUCCCAUGGGCAUUGUGGUAGAAAAUGUGAAUAAAAUCUUACAUUUUGACUUGGUAAAGCUUUAAUAAAUGUAUAGUAAGUUUUCUACAAUUUCAGAAAUGUCAGUUUUCAGCACUUUAACAGGUCUCAUCGCAAGUGAUACUGGUUUUGUCUGUACUAAAUUAUAUAACAACUAUUAACUUGAAUUAUGUUUUCUAUAUACUAUUACAGUGAAAUCUAACAAACUGUAUUGCUAUACAGGAACUCAUUUUACUAAUACGGUAUUCUUUAAAACUCUACAUUUACACAGAGUCAUUUGUAAAACUGUAAAUAAGAUCUUUUCUACUAGCUUGGUAUUUAUUUACAUUGUUUUGUAAUGUGUGAGAGUUAGAAUUGCAGCAUAUCUUCUUGCAAUCAUUGCAUUACUCAUCUGCAUUUCACUACAUAUAGUAGUUUGAAGGACUUUAUGAGAUUCCAGGUCUUGUCAGGAAGGAAGGAGAAGCGCCUAAUGUUCAGAGACAAUAAAGAUGGUCUGAUUGGUUGUUCAUAAAAUAGAGCACAUUCCAGAAUACUCAGGCAGAACAUUGCAGUUCCUCAACAAAUCUACCAGAUGUUAAAAAUAUAGAUUGACAGCAGUACCUAUCCACAGUGCAGCUAAAUUUUGGGAGCUUGUUUUGUUUGAAGGCAAGAUACUUCGUAGUAUACAUUUUCUCUUUUAUCAGCCUAAGAUUAAACACAGAGACUGUGAGAUCAACAUUUUCACAUGCACCUCUCUAUUCUUAGUUAGCUCUAUCUAGUUACUCAGUUUUCUGUGAGCGCUGUUCAGCUUACUGCAGAUGAUAGUUGUGCAUUCCUCAUGAUAGUCACUUAAGGCACAGGACAGUAUAGAAAGUUACCACACUGACAGUGCAAACCUGUGUGAAGUUACUCCAGUCUGAACCUGUUGAGUUUAAUGAGCUUCGAGUGGAGUAACUUUUCAUAGUAUUGCAUUGUGAGGCACUGACAGCUUCUUCACCCUCCUAAUAUUUGCAUUCCUUACUCGUUCAGUUCCAUCUAGAACUACCUAAUCAUUUCAAAGACGUUAUGUAAAUAUAAUAAAUUCAUACAUAAUUUCAUUCUAAUUUUAAAUUACACUUUAAUUGGCUUCUUCAGCAUAUAAAACUAUGAUCCAUAAUAUAAUUUAAUUAUGAAUCAUUAUCACCUUAUAGUUUAAAGAGAGAUUGCCAAGACUGCUAGUCUUGCUCGUAUAGUGAUGUUUUACAUAAUUGUAGUAUACAUGAAGUCAGUGCAUGAAUUGUUCCAAAAUCAUGUGGAAAAUUAAACCCACCAGAUGAUGCAAUUGCUGCUGCAAGCAAUAUAGACUGAAGGGUCUUAAUUUGUAUGGUACUUUUUUGCAGCAUAUUUUUCACUCCCUGGCUUUACCAAAUGGCUGGAACGGAUGUUCAUGCAAAAUCUACUAUGAUUUGAAGCUCUGAGAUAUUAGUUUCAUUGCCAAAGUAUUUCAUUCUUUGUGAAUGAUUAUUUAAUAUGGUGUAAAUUACUGUGGUAUGGUAGCAUUUUAAAUGGUACCACAAGGUUGGUUAGAAUGUUUUUAAUUUUGCAUGAUGCAUCAUCCUUUUUGAAGAUGGAAAAUGUAAUGGUUUUACGAUUAUGUGGGCUUGAGAUGAAAUUCUAGCCUCCUCUGCCAUUAGUGUUCUGCACAUCUCGAAGUGUCUUAAAUGUAUUGUACCACAUUCCAUACCAUUCAACUCUAAAUAAACCAUUCACACAUUUUU